UUCGAGACAUGCCAAAACAAACUCCAACCUUUUCUUCUUCUUCUUCUUCUUCCUCUCGUCUCUACAAAAUCCUUCCUUUCCUUUGUGGGCUUUCUCGAAUCCUCAUCUCUCAUUCGGACGCACAAAAGUCCAAUCUCGUCUUUCGGAAUCGACACUCAUGGAGGUUGAAGAAGAAGUGAGACGGAUCGUGGACCAGGUUAAAGAGCUCCACGACUCUGCCACCUCCUUCGUUUCUGCUUCUUCCCAGGAAGAGCUCUCUCUUCGCCAGAGAUCCUCCGUCGUCGAUGCAUCAAUCCGCCGCCUCCACUCCACUCUUGUCUCCGACAAGCAUCUCGAUCCCAAGCUUUUCGACAAGCUGGAGGAGGAUCUGCAACGAGCUAGAUGCUUGCUUGCCGAUGGAGACACUUCUUCUUUUCUUCCCUUCAAACCCCAAGGACGCUUCGUAAGAAUGUUUUUGGGGCCUGUGAAUGUUCGUGCCUCACGAAAAGAUAUACAGCUUAAAGUCAAAGAAGAAUACAAUAGCUACAGAGAUAGAACAGCUCUUCUUUUUCUUGUUUUUCCUGCAAUACUUCUGACCCUAAGAUCUUAUGUGUGGUAUGGAUGUUUGCCUGCGUUCCCUGUUCAGCUCUACGAGGCUUGGCUUCUGUUCCUUUAUGCUGGUUUGGUUAUGCGAGAGAACAUUUUGAGAGCCAAUGGGAGUGAUAUCCGUUCAUGGUGGCUUUACCAUCAUUAUUGUGCCAUGGCUAUGGCCCUUGUCAGUCUCACUUGGGAAAUCAAAGGUCAACCAAACUGUGUUCAGAAGCAGAAAGGAGUCCGUCUUUUCCUUCAAUGGGCUAUGAUGCAAGGUGUUGCAAUGCUUCUGCAAAAUAGAUAUCAGCGCCAAAGAUUAUACACUCGCAUUGCACUAGGAAAGGCUAAGAGGAUGGAUGUCGUGUGGGGAGAAACGUCUGGAGUAGAUGGGCAAUUAUGGUUAUUAUGUCCUAUUUUGUUCACUUUACAGGGCUUUGAAGCAUACGUUGGACUGCAGUUGCUCAGGACAGCUUUAACUGGGGUAGUCGCCGAAUGGCAGGUAUUGAUUUGUGGCAUUCUUCUGGUUGUGAUGGCCAUUGGAAACUUCAUAAACACAGUAGAGACAUUGAUGGUGAAGUCGAGGUUCAAGGCUAAGAUGAAGAGAAGUAAAAGCAAAGCAGAACUCGACUAAAACUUCUUAACUCAUAUAACUACAGCUUCAUAGUUCCCAACUUUGGAAUUUUCUCCCUCAUUAUAUAUUUUUACGUGAUAAAUUUUUGUUUUCUUGGGGCAAAAGUGACCUAACGUUUUGGAAAAAAAAAACAGGGAACGCCCUUUUUUGUGUAAAUGAAAGUGGGAGUUGAUAGAUGAUGGAUUGGAUUGUGUUUUGUAAUUUUUUCGACUAACAUUUGUUGGGUUUCUAAUUAUCAGUUAUGGUCGUUGAAA